AUGCUAGUAAAUUUUCAUUUGAAUUCUAAUGAAAAGAAUAAAGAACUUGUUUUAAAGAAAAUUACACAAGAAAAUAUCAAUGAUAUUUCUAUUAAAAAUUCUUCUUUAUCAUCUUCCACUUCAACAUCAUCAUCAUCAUCAUCAUCAGCGUCAACAUCAUCAAAAACCUCAACACCAACACUUAAUCCAUCAGCUUUGAAACAUGAUGAGAAUAAAACACCGGAGGAAAAUACCAAGUUAAAUGUUUCAACUAAACUAACCGUUCGAAAUAUUCUUGCAACAAAUCCUCGAAUACCGGUAUAUUAUUUAAGUCGUGGAAAUAAUUCACAAUUGAUCGAUACAGUUAUGACUGAAUUAGGCUGGAAACGUACAUUUGACCGGCAUGCAGAUUAUACACUACGUUGGACGGAAAACAGUAUUCAGAUUAAUUAUGGAAUGUUUAAAGAAGGUGAACAACUUGUGAACCAUAUUCCGAAUUGUGGAUUACUUACAAACAAACUUGGCUUAUUACUAAGUCUUCGUGAUUAUGAACGACGAUAUCAAAAUAGAUUUGGACGAUUACCAAUUAUGGUGAUGGAUGAUUUCUUUCCCAAAACAUUUAUUGUCGAUGAUCCAAAAGAACGAGAAGCUUAUUUUAAAUUACAAGAAAAUGAUGAAGAACCUCAUAUGUGGAUUUGUAAACCAAUCGGUCAAAAUCAAGGCAAAGGUAUCUUUUUAGUGAGAGAUGUUGAAAAGUUCAAGCUACACUUAAAAGAACGAGAUGAAGAAGCACGCAGCCAACCAUCUGGACUUUUACCAAGAAUAAUUCAAAGAUAUAUCAUCAAUCCAUUAUUACUUGAUGGUUGUAAAUUUGAUAUACGAUGUUAUAUUCUUAUAGCUUGUACAAUGCCUUAUCUAGUAUUUUAUCAUCCUGGUUAUAUUCGACGUUCACUUAAACCAUAUUCAAAUGAAGAUCAGAAUCUUAUCACACACUUGACUAAUCAAUUUGUACAAAAAAAGGAUCCAGGCUAUGCAGAAAUAAAGAAUGACACAGUUUGGAGUUGGUCUCAAGUUAACGACUAUAUCAAUAAACAUUAUCAAGCAGAAAAGAAACUACCAGUUGAUUGGACUAAAACUAUUCUUCAGUGGAAAAUUCAAAGAAUUAUUCAUCAUGUAUUUACUACAGUAAAAAAUAGAUUAGCUGCAAGAAUUGGAUUUUUUGAGUUACUCGGUUUAGAUUUUAUGUUGGAUGAAAAUAUGAAAGUAUGGUUACUUGAAGUUAAUUCAAAUCCCGCAUUACAGACUCAUUGUGAUGUUUUAAAUGAAGUUGUACCAGGAGUAGUAAAAGAUGCUUUACAUAUCAGUAUUGAAUGUUUUGAAAAAAGUCGUCAUCAGAAAUGCUUACUUCCAUUACAAGGUCUGGACAAUUUAUCUGCUUUCAUAUUUUGUCAACGAAGUAAUAGACAUACAAGAAUAAGUUUAGAUGAAAUGCCAAUGUUGAAUAAAACCAGUGGUGACUUAGGUGUACCAGCUGGUUGGAAUUUAUUAUACAACGAAUCACAAGCAGCAUUUCGUGCACGAUGGCCAAUACUUCAAUCAUCUAGUCUUCGUGGUUGGAUUCCACCGAGAUAUAAACCACCUAUUAUUCAGAAUAAUUGCAAUGAUAAUAACAAUGAAAAAAACAAGUCGAAUGAUGUAUCUCCACAAACAUGGUCGUCAACAGUUGCAACUAAUGAAAAUGUUAAUCUAACAGUAGGAAACACUGUAGACGAUGUCAGCUGUACUUUAAAGGACCGAAAUACUUCACAAACUACUGUACCUAACCAUCUGUUUUAUCCACGUGCAUCUUUACCGGAAUAUCGUACAUUUGAAUACAGUUUAAGACGUUACCCCGUUACGUCUAAUACAAUGAAUAACAAAAAAUCACCGCAAAGAAAUACUGUAACUAGACAAUCAUUACAGAAUACAAAACAAGCUAUUAUUUUACAAGAUAUCAUCGAGAAAACUCCACAAACCGAGUCACUAAUCACUGUGAAACAACCUAAAAGUCAAAAUAAGACAAUCAAUACAAAUUGUGGUAGCAGUAGUAGGAGCAGCAAUAGUAAUAACGUCGGUACUAAUAGUACCAUUGCCUUUAACAGUAGUAGUAGUUGUAGUAGUAGUAAUAAUAAUAACAAUAAACGAAUAACAACAAAUCAUGAAAACCAAUCCAAAAAGCAAUCAAACUCUAGCUUAAACAAUUGUACAAAGGACAAAAAUGAUUCAGAAGUAUUCAGUGAAGAUGAAAUUUUAACUGACAAACGGAAAAACAGUAAAAAAUUAAAUUUAAUAUCAAUCAGUAGGGAACCUAUACAAAUCAGUAGAGUACAUUUAAUAACAAAUUCAGAUAUUGACAGAGUAUUUAAUAGCAUUAAUAAUAAUAAUUUUAACAAUGAUAAUCGCUCAAAUGUGAUCAAAUUAACUACACCAAAAUCAAUAAAUACUAAAUCGUUUAAUCAAUCAACACGAAUUGGUGGCAUAUCAGCUGGUCAUAUAUACAAUAUUAAUAAUAAUAAUAGUAACAGUAUUCAUAAUAAGAGUAAAUUAACUGGUAGACCUUAUAUUAGCUCAAAUAAAUUACACUGCAUUGAACCCAACGAUUCGAUUGCAGUUACAGUUACAAAUACAUCCCGAAAAUCACAUUAUUCAACGGAAGAUAGAGGAAGUUAACAAAAGGACAAAUUGUUUAAAUUUCGUUAUAGCCAUAUUGAACAGGAU